GGGUUCCAGUGUGGUGGGGUUUUGAGCCGGGGCUAUGAGGGGAAGCGGGAUCUUUCAGCGAGCUCUGCAGUAUGUUGUAAAUGAGCUGAUUGUAGAGCGUCUGUCGAACAGUGUUAAGUUCCAGCGUUUUGCAGUUCGAUCGUCGAAAGCUAUUGAGGACCUCGCCAACAAAGGAGUCCAAAAAAAAGAGGAGCUGGCUGAGCAGCUACGAAACAUCAAGGAUGAGGUAGGUAGAAGCUUUAAGGACAAAUGAGAGUUUAGGGCUCUCUUUUUCCUUUGGUAUGAGCUGGGUUAUGGACGAGCGUUCUACGUCCUCUCGUCAUCGCAAGUCCCACAGGUACAGCCAUGGUGAUGGGCGGCACCAUCCUUACUCUCACCACCAUUCCAGCAGCAGUGGCGGCGGUAGCAGGAGGCGGCAUCGAAGCCCAAGCCCCAGCAAACCCUUGGCGACUUCUCUUCUUCAACUGGAGGAACAACUCACUACUGCUCAAGCUCAAGCUCCUGCUACUACUUCGCAAGAGCGUGCUGCUUCAGUAAGUUGUAGUGAUGGAGAAGUAGCAGCGGUGGUAACGCUAGAAGUAGCAGAUCUGGAGGAGGAAGUGGUGAAUGAGGAGGCUGAGAUGAGCGAGGUGAAAGUGGUGGACGUGGCGGAGACGAGCGAGGCUGGUUUAGCGAAGCUGGAUGAUGACGGCGAUCUGGAGCAGGGCGUGCCGCACACCCCCGAGGUCCAGGACGUCAAGUGCUCGUCGCCCUGCGGCAAGUGCCGGAUCGUGGACGAGUUUGAGAAGCUGGGGCGGCUCGGGGAGGGCGCCUACGGUGUGGUGUACAAGGCUCGCGACAAGCGCACCGAGGAGAUUGUGGCGCUCAAGAAGAUCAAGAUGCACAACCAGGAGACGGAGGGAUUCCCGGUCACAUCGCUGCGCGAGAUCAACCUGCUCAUAUCGCUGCGCCACCCGGCCAUCGUGGACGUGCGCGAGGUGGUGAUCGGCAAGGACAUGGACAGCGUCUUCAUGGUGAUGGAGUACAUCGAGCGGAACCUCAAGGACGUGAUGGCCGCGCUGCCGCAGCCGUGGGAGCACGCGGUGGUGAAGCAUAUGAUGCAGCAGCUGCUGGACGCGGUGGCCUACCUCCACGCAAACUGGGUGCUCCACCGCGACCUCAAGCCGUCCAACAUCCUAGUCUCGGGUGGCGAGCUCAAGAUCUGCGACUUCGGCAUGGCCCGCCGCUACGACAGCCCCAUCAAGGCCUACACGCACAAGGUGGUGACGAUGUGGUACCGCGCGCCCGAGCUGCUGGCCAGCACCCAGGAGGAGCAGUACCACUACACCGCGGCGGUGGACGUGUGGUCGCUCGGCUGCAUCAUGGCGGAGCUCAUCCUCAACGAGACGCUCUUCCAGGGCACCUCGGAGAUCGACCAGCUGCGCCGGAUCAAGAAGAUGGUGUGGACGGCGCAGCUGGAGAAGCCGGGCUUCAUCUUCCCGGCACACAAGCUCAGCGCUCUCCGGGACCGGAUACUCUACCCGGCUGCGCAGGCGGGGAGGCCCAUGCUAUCGGAGAAGGGGCUGGAUCUCCUGGCCCAGCUUCUGGCCUACGACCCGGACAAGAGGAUAAGCGCGAGCGCGGCACUGGCGCAUCCUUGGUUCCAGGAGCCACCGCUGCCUACGCCGCCGCCACCAUUACCAGCACCACCACUGGCAGCAACAAUGCCGUUACAAUGAAACGGUUUGGAUUUACAAGGGUUUGUGGCUCUCGCGAUUGUCAUGCGUCGCAGGGGAGCGCGGCUCAACCUCAAGCCCGAGUUCCUCACCGCGUUUCACGGGGACCUCAUCGACAUUCUCUUGGAGGGGCUUGAGAAGC